AUGGCAGAUGACGGUCAAACAAUAUUGAGCAGAAAGCGCACAUACGAAGAGCGAAACUCACCCGGACCCGAGGACAAUACGUCUAAGCUCAAGCGGGUUUGUUCGAUUACCGAGCCAGGGUCCUCCUCCGAGGAGGGCGUCACAGGAAAUGAGUCAUGGCCAGCAUCUUCGGCUCCAGCUAUGUCGACGGCAAAGCCAAGGUCGAAGUUAACAUGCUUCCGGAUCAGUGGCAUUCCCGUAAAAUGGAAUAAGGAUGACCUACUUCUCGCCCUCAGGAGCUUUGAUCCUGAUUUCAAUGACGCUCGCAAGCUCUCACUCUUUCCAGCUUGCAGCGGUCGUACUCAGACAGCUCUACUUCGACUAGAUCCGCUCAUGUGUUCUGAAUACUUUCGGCGCAUCGACUCCACGCAGGAGCAAUACGAGUUGAUUGAGGGUGAUCCUGAUAUUUAUCUAGUUAUUGACAAGCACCUCCUUGGUUUAACACCUCUCAACACUCCCGGUGACGAUGCUAUUGUAGACGUGGUAGCAGUAACAGGUCUAGCCGGCCAUGCUUUUGGAUCCUGGUGUAGUCGAAAGACUGGUUGCAUGUGGUUACAGGAUCUUCUACCGACUGAUCUUGAUAAUAUGCGGGUCAUGACCUAUGGUUAUAACUCUAGUCUGACCAGAGAUAUAGUCAACCACACCUUUGUUGAUUAUAGAAGAAGCUUCAUACGUGCAUUGAUGGACGCGAGGAGUGAAAAUGAGUCGAGGCCGAUUAUAUUCAUUGGGCAUAGUAUGGGUGGGAUCUUAAUUCUCCAAGUACUCCUCCAAGCCAAGGCAGGAACUCAGUACAGAUGUUUGUUUGAUUCCACGAGGGCCAUCAGCUUCUUCGCAACUCCACAUCAAGGCCUUCAUGUCAAAGAGCUCCUGGAAAUGGUGCACGAUACAGCAUCCGGACCGACGUCUAAGAUCGAAUUCAUCAAACAGCUUAAAGAAGGCUCGAGCUUUCUCGAUAGUCAACGGGAGGAUAUCAGCAGUCUUUGGGAGUCCUCAUCCGAUAUUGAAAUUGCUACGUUCUAUGAAACCAAGAAGACGCCGACUAGUUCCUCGGACGCUUGGACUAGAGAUGGCGAGAAUGUUCAGAUGGUAAAUCGAAACUCUGCAAUGCUCUUUUGGCCGUUUGAACACAGGAUCCCCGUCGAAUCCGAUCAUACAGAUAUUGUGAAGUUCCCUGCGCGGGGAAAUAGUACAUACGGUUCGGUUGUAGCCCAUAUGACUAAAUGCAUGAAGCGUCUCAAAGAUGCUAGUGGUGAGUAG